UUGACGGAUUCCUCCCCUCGAGGCUCCGCCCCCCGGACUCUGGCGGCGGCGUUCUUGGAAACCUUAAUCGCUCCCUGGAAGAGGCUCUUCUUGGAGGGCGCGGACGGUGCGCGCUGCGAUGCUCUCGCCGCCCAGCCUUUGCCCGAGGCUCCUCUUGCUUUCUUCACUACUUUCCGGCGUCCUGAGUGAUUGUGGCCCUCCACCAGUCAUUCACAAUGCAGUCCCUAAUAAGAAUAUUGAGGGUGCAUCUUUCCCUCCAGACUCAACGGUAAUUUACAAGUGUGUGGGCAACUUUUUUAAUAUCUAUGGAAAAAUAGAUGUUGUAACAUGUCUUCAAAAUUCAUCGUGGACACACAUAGAACAGUUUUGUGUGGGCAGUUGCAUGAGCCCACCAAGGUCCGCAUUUGCUCAAUUAAAGAAAGGGCAAAGGAAGGAUUACUAUCCUGCCAAGACCACUGUGGCCUAUCUCUGCCGCCGAGGUUACGACACUAUCCCUGAAAUAACUCCUGUUAUUACUUGUCGUGAGAAUUACACUUGGACACAAAUCCCAGAUUUUUGUAAAGGAAAACCAUGUGGUGAUCCAGGAAAACCAGAACACGGUGAUGCUGUUAUUCUAACUAAUUUCCUGUAUUUGGCAAAAGUAAAUUUCACAUGUGAAGAUGGGUACAGAUUAAAUGGAUCACCUACUACUCAGUGUCAGUGGAAGAAAGAUCAUGUUGAAUGGACCCACAAGCCUCCAAAAUGUCAACGACCAACUGAAGAAUCCACAGAAGAUAGAACUACAAAGACAACAGGGCAAACUGUACCACCACCAAGAGGUAGUGCUACAAAUAAUAAAGGUAAUUGCAACCAUCCACAUGUAGCCAGUGCUACCCUAAGGAGCGGGGAUCCAAAAGACAGUUAUCCUGCUGGGACUGUUUUGCGCUACCGUUGCAUUCCAGGUUAUGAGCCUAUUCCUGGAGAGACUCUUACUCUUACGUGUCUUGACACUUCAAGAUGGUCAACAGAAAAUCCAAAGUUUUGUCAAGGAAGGCUAUGUCCUGCUUUAACUUUUGAGAAUGGCAGAAUAAUAAAAUCAACAGACUUGCGACUAGGUGAUGAAAUAACUCUAGGCUGUAAUGAGGGGUACAGAAUAAUAGGCGAAAAUAUUCUUCGAUGUACCCUUAUAGACAGCAAGGUUAAUUGGAAUAGAGAUGUUCCACUUUGCCAACGAAUCCCCUGUUUCCCCCCUCCUGACAUUGCCAAUGGCGCACACACUGGCAGAGGUUUGGAUGAGUUUGACUAUGGCACAGCAGUAACGUACACCUGUAACCCUACUUUCUCCCUUAUUGGAAGCCGAACCAUUACAUGUUCAACUGCUGCAGAUGGUAUAAAUGGAGAGUGGCGUCCUGCUGCACCUGAAUGUAAAGUUGUCAGCUGCCGUAGACCCUCUAUUGAGAAUGGAAGAUUGACAACUACAUUUCGAGCUACAUAUGAAUAUAAUAAUCUUAUAAUGUAUGUUUGUGAACAUGGACACACUCUGGUGGGGAGUGGCAGUAGUAGAUGUGGGGCUGACAGCAUAUGGCAUCCUCCUCCUCCAAAAUGUCUCAAGGGUAUUUUCACCACCACUGUUGCUACUGCCUAUCCAGAUAAAGGUUAUGGAAAUACAACUUCUAACACAGCUGGUCCAGGAAUUGGGGGGGGAGGAGCAGGAGGAGGAGGUGACACCCUGGACCCUGAAAUUGGAUCUACACACAGUCCAGAGACAAAGCCGCCCAGAGAUGACACAGCAUCUAACUACUCCCCAGGAGUUAUUAUUGAAAAACUGACCCUUCUUCUAGCACUGCUGAGUCUUACCGUCCAGUUGCCACUCACACAGAAAUUGGAUUGGAACCCAAAGCCUCCUGAUUGCAGUAGAGCUGUGUUCCAGAAAAUAGGGGUACUAAUUCUAAAAGCCAGUGACUAUGCCAGCCUUUUUGCUGUCCAAAGGCAGCAGCUCAGCCUUAAUCAUCCAGUUAGAGCUAUUCCCUAUCUCCUCUCCUCUGACUUUCCUGGUAAUGAGCUGCUUACAGGCGGCUGUGGCCCUCCACCCAGAUUAAACUUUGCUGAGCUAACCGACGAGUAUAAGCAAAAGAAUUUAUUUCCUGUUGGCUCGACUGUGAAAUAUAUGUGCCGUCCAGGCUAUACUGGACUGAGGUACUCUAGUAUGUGCCUUCAAAGCCAGGAAUGGUCCAAAGUUCUGGAGCACUGUAAAAGACAAUCUUGUGGAAUUCCAGGGGAACCAGAUAAUGGGAUGUUGAUUGUGCCCCAAGAUACUUUAUUUGGUUCCACUGUAAAUUACAUCUGCAAUGAAGGGCACAGGUUAAUUGGUAGUACUUCCAGCAGAAAGUGUGUUUUAUCUGGCCGAAAAGUAGAGUGGACUAAUGAUGUUCCCCUUUGUCAGCGUAUUCCAUGCUUUCCACCACCAGAUGUCCCCCAUGGCAAGCACAGUGGCAGGUUCAUGGAGGACUUCUCCUAUGGGACAGCUGUAACAUACACCUGUGAAAAAGGCCACCCCCUUGUCGGAAAUGCCACUAUUUACUGUACUACUAAGGAUGGAUUAAAUGGAAUUUGGAGUGGCCGUGCAUAUUGUGGAGUGACUCACUGUCCAGCUCCUCAGAUUGAAAAUGGAAGAAUAGUAACUGGUUAUUCCGCCACCUACACAUAUAACCAAAGGGUGACAUUAGACUGCAAUGCUGGCCACAAAAUAGCUGGCUCAAGAGAGAUCCAUUGCCAAGUGGAUGGCACAUGGGAGCCUCCACUACCUCACUGUGAACAGGUCACUGGUUGUGUAAAUCCAGAAAUCCAGAAUGGAAGAAUAACCAGAUCUACAGGUGAAGUUAAACCCAAAUAUACAAUUACAUUUGAAUGUGACCCUGGCUAUAUCCUGAAAGGCAACCAUUCAAUUCAGUGCCAAUUUGACAGCACAUGGGAUUCUCCUGUGCCCAUUUGUGUUAGGGUGAUUCAAUGCCAGCCACCUCCACAUGUUCAAAAUGGGAUGUACAACCAGGAAGCAACAGUGUUUACUAAUGGAAUGUUUGUGAAAUACACAUGUGAGCCUGGCUAUGGUCUAAUUGGAGAGGGGACUAUUUACUGCACAGCAUCUGGUACAUGGUCUUCCCCUGCCCCUCAAUGUGAAGGUACAUAUUUUGACCAUAAGACUCUACAUAUUGGCUCUAGCAGGUCUUCCUCCCUACUUCCGCCCUCCAUCUCACCAGGAGGUAGCUGUGCACCCCCACCCAGUUUACAAUUUGCUGAACUUCUCAGUGAGUAUAAAAAAAACAAUUCCUUUCUUGUUGGCUCAGUUGUGAAAUACAUGUGCCAUCCAGGAUAUGCUAAGCAUCCCGGAUUGAAGGCCUCUCUUAUGUGCAUUAGAAAUCAGGAGUGGUCAGGAGUUCAGGAGUUCUGCAAAAGAAAAUCAUGUGGACAUCCAGGAGAACCAGAUAAUGGCAGGCUGAUUGUAACAAAAGAUCUUUUAUUUGGUUCUACUAUAAAUUACACCUGCGAGGAAGGGUACAGGCUAGUUGGUCUAUCUUCCAGACAGUGUGUGAUAUCUGGCCUAAAAGCAGUAUGGACUGGUGAAACUGCUAUUUGUCUGCCUAUUUCAUGUUCUCCACCACCAGAUGUUCCCCAUGGCAAGCACACUGGCAUGUAUAUAGAUGACUUCUUCUAUGGGACAGCUGUAUCAUACACCUGUGAAAAGCACCACCCCCUUGUGGGAAAUGCCACUAUUUACUGUACUACCAAGGAUGGAUUAAAUGGCGUUUGGAGUGGCCGUGCAUAUUGUGGAGUGACUCGGUGUCCACCCCCACAAGUAAGGAAUGGAAGGAUAAUAACUGGUUAUUCAAACACCUACACGUAUAACCAAAGGGUAACUUUAGACUGCAAUGCUGGCUACAAAAUAUCUGGAACAAGAGAGAUUCAUUGCCAAGUAGAUGGUACAUGGGACCCUCCUCUACCUCACUGUGAACUGGUAUCACAGUGCCCCUUGCCUCUGGAUAUACCCAAUGGAAAUCACAAUGGUUUUCCUGGGCAAGUGUUCACUUCUCAGAAGCCUGUAACUUAUUCCUGUGAUCCUGGUUACUCACUUGUUGGAGAGGCAUCUAUUUCCUGCACAGCUUCUGGAGAGUGGAGCAGUCCUCUGCCACGUUGUGAAACAGUGCAGUGCCCCCCACCUCAAGUGGUCGCUCACGGGAAAUACAGCAGUCAGGAAGCAAAAGGUUUUACUAAUGGGGGGUUUGUAGAAUACAGUUGUGAUCCUGGAUAUAGCAUUAUAGGAGAUUCCAGAAUUUUUUGUACAGCAUCCGGGUCUUGGAACUCCUCAGCGCCUAACUGCAAAGAGAUACAUUGCCCCUCACCUCCCAAAGUCCAGCAUGGAAAGUACAGGGCUCUGGGAUCAGAACAAUAUACCAGUGGAAAAAUUGUAAAAUACAGCUGUGACCCUGGUUAUGUGCUAAUAGGAAGGGCAACUAUAUAUUGCACAGCAUCCGGUGUGUGGAGUCUUCCUGUCCCACGCUGUGAAUUCACUGGCUGUGUUAGUCCAAAAAUUCAGAAUGGAAGAAUAACAAGAUCUAAAGGGCAAGUUAAGCCCACAGAGACAAUUACAUUUGAAUGUGACCCUGGCUAUAUCCUGAAAGGCAACCAUACAAUUCAGUGCCAGUUUGACAGCACAUGGGUUUCUCCCACACCCAUCUGUGUAAGGGAAUUGCAGUGUCCCCCUCCUCUGCCUAUUCCAAAUGGUGAUCACAAUGGCCACGGAGAAGCUCAUUUUGCUACAGGAAGAUACGUAAAUUACACCUGUGACCAUGGCUACUUGUUACGUGGCAAGGCUUCCAGUCAGUGUACAACAUCUGGAGCUUGGAGUCAACCUUUACCCCGGUGUGAAGUAAUGCGUUGUCCACCACCACCAAGCAUUGUGCAUGGAAAGAAUAUAGGAGAAGACCUCACCUAUGGCAGUUCUGUAAUAUACAUUUGUGAUGCCGGCUAUUCCCUCGAUGGAGAGUAUCUGGUUACCUGUAUUUUAGAAGGCUCAAACUCUGUGAACUGGACUAAACUUCCAAAAUGCAAAGGGUGCCCUGCACCUCAAACGAUUGCCAAUGGGGAACGUGACCCUGAAAGUCUGGAAGAUUUUCCUUAUGGCUCCUCUGUGACGUAUCGUUGUGACCCUGACUACUUUCUUACUGGAACUGCGACAAUACACUGUCUGUCUUCUGGAACAUGGGAUCAAUCUGUUCCUCACUGUAAAAGCAAACAAGAUUCCACUUCUAUUCCUCUGUCAGAGAUUCAGUGCCAGCAACCCACAAAAAUCCUAAAUGGGGAUCACAGCCACCAGGAAUUGUCAGUGUUUAUCAGUGGAAUGUCUGUGAAUUACACAUGUGAGCCUGCUUCCUCAUCUUUUAUCCUGUCAGAGAUUCGAUGCCAGCAACCCUCAAAAAUCCAAAAUGGAGAUCACAGCCACCAGGAAUUGUCAGUGUUUACUAGUGGAAUGUCUGUGAAAUACACGUGUGAGCCUGGCUACUCUCUAAAUGGAGAGGCAACUAUUUAUUGCACACCAUCUGGUACAUGGUCUGCCCCUGCUCCUCACUGCAAAAUGAUACAGUGCCCCUCGCCUCCAAAUGUCCAGCAUGGAAAUUACAGUGCACCAGAAUCAAUACAACAUACCAAUGGAAAAUCUGUAAAUUACAGCUGUCAACCUGGUUAUGUACUAAUAGGGGAGGCAACACUGAAUUGCACAGCAUCUGGUGUGUGGAGUCUUCCUGCCCCACACUGUGAAGCAGUAGGCUGCAUCCUCCCACAGAUUUCUGGUGGCAAGAAGGAAAACUCAAAAACUGUGAUUCAGAUUGGAGCUAAUGUGACUCUGGAAUGCGAGGAUGGUUAUGUAUUGAAAGGCAGUUCUCGUGUUCAGUGUCAGCCUGAUUUCACAUGGGAUCCUCCUGUGCCAGUUUGUAACCAAGGUUUUUAUGUCUCCGUAGCCACAGGCAUUGGCUCUCUGGUUGGCGCCUUGCUACUUUUGGUUAUUGCUGGUGCUUUCUGUGUAAUUGUAAUUGUUUUGAAGCGGAACAAAGCUAAAUAUACUCCUGCAAGCAACAGAAUAUAUGAAAGUCCACAUCUUCAAGUAGCAUGAUCCAACUCUGAAAAAAAGCUUCGUAUUUGCAGUAAUAGGUGAAAGUAACUGGAUGAACAGAUGCCAACAAAUAUACCUGCUUCUUUGGACCACUUGACACAAUCACUGUUCGGAAAGUGAACACAAAUAUUUUGCCACAUGCAAAAAAGGAAUGCAUUCAUAUUUUAGUUUUUGCAACGCCCCUUUCAGGUAGAAAUAAUCACUGUGGUUUUGAUAUGCUAACUUUUUUUGUAUUUUCGUAAUAUAUAAUAUAAUAUUACUUGUAAGCUACCUUGUAGGAUUAAUAUUCUGAAAGGUCAGAAAUAAAUGUUAUAAAUAAAAUU